AUUAUUUUCUACAGUGAGAAGGCCAAUAAACACCAAUCUUGUGCUUAAUUUUGUUCUUCGUCGUUGCUCCACUCAAAUUGAGAGCGAUGGCAUUGGUGCAGCCGAGGUCGGGUAGAGAUGCGUGCCAGAUCUCCCAUCUCGACUUGGAACCAGGACCCUGGGGUCUCCAAUCUCGUAAGAUAGGUGCUGAGAUGAACGGCACAGACGAGAAGCUUGACACACAAAGCAGCCCAGCAAUUGCCUCGUCGACCCCACCAUUGGCAAUUGCAACAACGAUUCGAGCACGGCACGUAGACCAGCGAGGCUCAUGCCAAGUGGCAUAGUUCUCUGCGAACGCUAACCCAGAACCAGAGCAUAUUGCAGCAGUCGAACUGUCUCGAAAAAAUCCCGGGCCAGGUUCUCCUUGGACUUGUCAUCAUGUACAAGCCAGAAUUUAGGAUACAAGUAUGAUAUCGGCUUCGGGCUGAUGGACAAUCCUGUCCAUGUUCGCUAUGUAAGGAGCUUCGAGCAAAUUUGAAGUUGGAAAUUCGAUGUCUUCGCCUGAAGAUGUGACUGCGUUUGCGAAAGUGGAAUCCGUUUGGCUCAGCAUUCAUCAACUUUGGACAAGCCAGAAAAGUCCAUGACAAGAUCGAAUGAUCUAUCAUCCUCUGGAUACUUCCACCCAUCUGGCACGAACCCAAUAACGAAUCGACAAUUGGACCGCUGUAAGUAACAUCUGAAACAAUUAGCGGGCUGGCUGUCUGUUCUUUUCUUAUCGUUUCAGGAAAUUCGGAACGCCUCGCCAUCUUGUGAAGGUAGGAGAAGCGAUCACAUGAGUAUUUUUUGGCUUGAGCCACCUUGCUCUCCUCACCUUGUCGCACCGUUCCAUUCCUUCAUCUGAGUGCUAUGUUUCAGAACUCCUUUAGAACCAUUUUUCACUUUUAGUUUGAAAUGGGCCUAAAUUUGAGUUUCGGGAAAUAGGAAGCAACCGAGCUAAUCCACCCAAAAUUGCCACGAGUAGUUGUGACGUCCACAGGACUCGGGAGAUAAACCCAUCGGCCACCCCAUAACGAACACGAAGACGGGGGCUCAAGAACUGUGCUCGUCCCACUGGAGAUCGAUGCUAUGCAUGUGACAUAGAGUUCUAUGGAUGCUGGUACUGGUUUCUUUACAUUGGAUGUAAACUCCCAGUUCCGAUCGUUUGCAUCGGUUGUGAGAGGUCAAAAAUCCAAAUUUCUCAUUACAAUAGAAGCAAGAUCGCCAGAUACUCACAUUCACCAGGUAUCUCUCAAGAUCAUCUCCCUAUUACUUAUUUCUGCAUUUGUUGUUCCUCUGUUUCUGGUCCCACUAGCUUCACUUUGACCUUGCGGUAUGCGAACUCACGCACAGGCACUAAGUUCGGCUGCCAGCGCCAUGGUUCUUACUAGAGAGGCCUACUUGCGGAAGCUUUCUGACUAUCCAAUACUAUCAUCCAGAUCGCCUCUCUAAAGGACCAUAUGGGAACAGCCUCGUGGACCCUUCUUUUCUGGCUGGAUUCGUUCAAAGCAUAUCAUUCUGUAUUCAGCUUCCUGUCGAUGCCAUUACAGAGCGGGUGUCUUUUCCAGACACUCUUGCACCAGCAUGGCCAAAUUGCUCCAGAAAGAUUCUUAGAAGUUGCUGGUCGGACUUUGUCUGAUCUUCAACCAUCUGUCUGUCAUCGUCUGUGUGUACUUUAAGUUUGUCAACAGGACUUUUACCUGCAGCUGCCCAAACUCUGGACGAGAACCAGACCGAUCCUCUCUACCACAUGAACUCAAACCUCUCACUCUGACCAGGGUAUAUCUGCCCAUCAUCCUCCACCAUGUCUUAUCGUUUGCUUGCUGUCAGUUGGAGUGCGAUAGAUCGAGUACAGUGCAAAAUGCAGAUACGGCGAGCCAUUUUCUUGUCGUGCUUGAUUACGUUCUGUGUGAACGUUUCGAGUGUCAAUCUGACUGAGGUGCUUCAACAAAUUCCGCCUUGUGCUCUUCCAUGUAUCAGCAGAGACGUCGUCAACCUUCCCCCAAGUUUGACGGAACCAAGCUCUGUCUGCCGCAAUGGUACCCUCGAGGCCAAUGCUGCUUCAUGUGUCUUGACACGAUGUCCAUACACUGAGCAGAUGGAGGUUGCCGCCAUCAAAACGGAGUUCUGCGAGGGUGUCCCUAUCGCAAGCCGAGCAUGGGAUAUCGCCAUUGUCGGACUCGUUUGCGGGCCAAUUGCUCUCAUUGCAGUUGCAUUACGAUGCUAUUCUCGGUAUUCUAAGCUUCGCACUCUUGGAUCCGAUGAUUGGCUUUCAAUUGCCGCGGGGUCGAUUUUGAUUCCGUAA